AUGAAUAAUGUAAGAGUUGAACUUUCUGAUCCGGAAAAGAAAAUGGGAUAUAUUUAUAGCCGACUUGUUGAUUUUGGUCAAUUUAUGGAAACCCGUAAUUAUAUUGGGUUUUUAAGUCAAUAUGGCAUUGAAAUAGAUAGAAAUUUAAUUAAUCGUGGAAAUUUCCCCCGUCAAACAUCUUUACAUUCUAAAAGGUUUUUUUAG